UUUGGUAGCGCAGCGCUCCUCUCCUCUCUGAGCUCUCCACUGUAAACUCUCCACUCUCUCUCCCCCCUCCCAUUUCCAUAAAACCCUCUGGCAAUUGCGAUAUCAAUCCAAACCCCAAAACUUUCGACGACAAUUUAAAAAAAUUUCGAAGAAAACCUUCAUAUUUCCCCUCAUAAGCCCAUACCAAUUUUCCCGCCACCCAUCCAAAAAAACCCAAAAAUCCCCCAAACGAAUGGACCCUCGCCGAGCCUCACGCACUGUCAGCGACCCUAAGAUCCGCCAAGUCGGAUUCUUCGCUCCACCAUCCGACCGCUCCUUCUCCGGCCCACCCGACCCGAUCUCCACCUCCACCUCCACCCCAAACCCCGUCACCACCACCGCCAACACCUCCUCUCCUCCUCCAAUCUCCGACCUCUCUCCCUCCGGCAACUCCCUCUCUCCGGUGAUGAUCCCUCCGCCGCGUCACUCCUCCGACACCACUCACCGUCCGGUUCCCUUCCCUCCGGUUUCCCCUCUCCGCCGUGACACUCUCUCCCUCACCGUCGGAAGCUACAACAACAACAACAACAUCAUCAUCUCGUCCUCUCCCACGGCGUCGUUUUACGAGGAGUCGAAGGGCAUUACUGUCAAGGCCAGUAGCGUCCCCGCCAGUGGCCUGACCACCGUCUCCGUCGUCAAAACCUUGCCUCCUGGUUUCACUGAAACAAUUGUAGAAAAAGUAGGAGGAUCAGUUGAAAUGCAAAAUGACCUACCUGCAAACUCGAAGCCACUGAAGGAGAGAACUUCGAAAGCUGAAAGGCGUGCCCUUCAAGAGGCACAGCGAGCUGCAAAAGCUGCUGCAAAAGCUGAAGGAAGUAAAUUACCUGCUACUACUUCUGGGGCAGUGGCUUCAGCAAAUGCGAAACCAACUAAAGCCACAAAGCCUUCUUCACAAAAGAAUGACAGUGCUACAGUUGCAUCUUCUGAGAAGAAGGGAGGUGACCGACCACCAGAGAAAGAUAGAAAGAAAGAUGCUCCUCAUCCACGUAUGCAAUAUGAUGAUAAGAGUCGAGUUGAAAAGGCAAAAAGGCGUGCAGUGGUAAAACAAACUGAAGCUAGGAACAGAGUUGAAUUGUUUAGGCAUUUGCCUCAAUAUGAACAUGGAACUCAGCUUCCUGAUCUCGAGUCAAAGUUUUUCCAACUUGAUCCCGUGCAUCCUGUUGUUUACAAGGUUGGAUUGCAGUAUAUAUCAGGGGAUAUAUCUGGUGGCAAUGCUCGUUGCAUCGCAAUGCUUCAAGCAUUUCAAGAGGCUAUCAAAGACUACUCAACACCAGAUGAAAAAACUCUGACUAGAGACUUAACUGCAAAAAUAAAUAGUUAUGUUUCAUUUCUUAAUGAGUGCAGGCCUCUUUCAAUCAGCAUGGGUAAUGCAAUUAGGUUUCUAAAGAAUCGAAUUGCUAAGUUACCUUUGACUCUUUCUGAGUCAGAAGCAAAAGCAUUUCUUCAGUCAGAUAUUGAGCAAUUCAUAAAUGAGAAGAUCAUACUUGCAGACAAGGUGAUAGUCAAGCAUGCUGUUACAAAAAUAAGGGAUGGUGAUGUUCUUCUUACGUAUGGGUCAUCUUCUGCCGUUGAAAUGAUUCUAUUACAUGCCCAUGAGCUUGGCAAACAGUUCCGUGUUGUAAUAGUGGACUCUCGCCCAAAGCUUGAGGGGCAACUUUUACUUCGUAGGUUGGUGGGAAAGGGCCUUAGCUGUACUUACGCUAAUAUAAAUGCUGUUUCUUAUAUCAUGCAUGAAGUUACUAGAGUUUUUCUGGGAGCUUCAUCAGUAUUAUCUAAUGGAACAGUUUAUUCAAGAGUUGGAACUGCAUGUGUUGCUAUGGUUGCCCAUGAAUUUCGAGUACCAGUCUUAGUAUGUUGUGAGGCAUAUAAAUUUCAUGAAAGGGUACAACUUGAUUCAAUAUGCUCGAAUGAGCUUGGUGAUCCAGAUGCCAUUUCGAAAGUUCCUGGUAGAGAGGACAUUAACUAUUUGGAUGGUUGCACUAAUAGUGAAAAUCUGCAACUUCUGAAUCUGAUUUAUGAUGCAACACCUUCAGAUUAUGUUUCAAUGAUAGUCACAGAUUAUGGCAUGGUCCCACCCACCAGUGUGCCUGUCAUUGUGCGAGAAUAUUGUAGAGAUCAAGUAUGGAUAUAGAUUGGGUAAUGGCUUGGAUAGCUUCUCCAAAAUUUUGUUUGCUGAGCGACCAAUAAACAAUAAGUUGGUUUCUUCCAUCUCUCUCUCUCUCUCUCUUUCCAAUUUUUUUUGGGGAAUAAUGUUUUGUAUGCCUCAUCAAAUUUCGGCCUUUCUUUUUUUUGGACCUAUUUAACCUGACUCAGUGAAGAGUGCAGUUUCUUUGCCUCUCCGAGCAGAUUUUUAGUGUUGUGGUCUCGCUUGUUGUAACAAUUAUUAUUAUUUUUUUUUAAUUUAUUUUGUUUUUACCUUUUUAUUUUCCUUUUUGGGUAUGUGGAAGUCAGACAAUGCUAGGUGACAAUUUUGUUGCUUGAUUUUCACAUGCUUUAAAUGAGUUGUAAUUCAAUUGCUUUCUUGGAUAUCAUAAUUUUAUAAGUAAGGUUAGCAUUCA